AUGCGCACCGCGCUUAAUAUUCAACCACGAGUGAUUUAUGAAGAGUUAUAUACUGUUCAUGGUGAUCAAGUUCCUUGCCUUAGAACGGUGGAAAGAUGGUGUAAACGAUUCCGUGAAGGCCGAGAUGACCUCGAAGACGAAGCACGACCCGGCAGACCUGUUACCGAAACAACCACUGAAAACAUCGAACAAGUUCGUCUGGUCAUUGAUGAUGAUCCUAGAGUUUCGAUAGAGGAAAUACAAGAACAAACUGGUCUAAGUUACGGUACUACGCAACGGAUCCUUGUCGAUCAUUUGCAAAUGACCAAAGUUACGGCUCGUUACUUACCGAAGCAACUGACUGACUUCCAACGAAGUGAACGAGUACGAAUAUGCAAAGAGAACUUGGCACGAUUCACGGAUGGAACAUGGCGAUUAUGCAAUGUGGUAACGGGCGACGAGUCGUGGUUCUAUCAUCGACAAACUGGCCGCAAGUCAUCAAAUGCUGCUUGGGUGGCAAGAGGUGAUCCUCCACCCACAAUCAUUCGUCGCGAUAGAUUUGCUCCGAAAACGCUAUUCUCCAUCUUUUUCAAAUCCACUGGUCCGCUUCUGAUUUAUGGUGUGCUACGGGGGCAAACUAUCGAUCAUCGAUAUUACAUCGAUAACUGCUUGCAACCUCUUAUAGACGAAAUCAGGCACCAAUGA